AUGGAGGAAGAGGAGCACGAGGUUUACGGGGGAGAGAUUCCCGACGUCGGAGAGAUGGAUGGUGACCUGGAGGCUCCUAAUCCUGAUAUGGAGAUGGCUGCUGCCGACGAGGAUGCUGCUAAGGAGCUGGAUGAGAUGAAAAAACGAUUGAAGGAGAUGGAGGAUGAAGCUGCUGCUCUACGUGAGAUGCAGGCCAAGGUUGAGAAGGAGAUGGGAGCUCAAGAUCCUGCUACUCUAGCAGCAAAUCAAGCAGGCAAGGAGGAGGUUGAUGCUCGAUCGGUUUUUGUUGGCAAUGUUGAUUACGCUUGUACACCUGAAGAAGUGCAGCAACAUUUCCAAUCAUGCGGGACUGUCCAUCGGGUGACAAUUCUGACGGACAAGUUCGGGCAGCCAAAGGGAUUUGCGUAUGUCGAGUUUGUGGAAGUUGAAGCCAUACAAGAGGCUCUGCAGCUGAAUGAAUCAGAGUUACAUGGUCGUCAACUAAAGGUGCUGCCUAAGAGAACAAACGUUCCUGGACUGAAACAGCACCGUGGUAGACGAUUCAACCCGUACAUGGGCUACCGGUUCCGCAGACCUUUCAUGUCUCCGUAUAUGUAUUCUCCAUAUGGAUAUGGGAAAGCGCCUAGGUUCAGAAGGCCAAUGCGUUACAUGCCAUACCAAUAA